AUGGAAGAUUUAAACACAAGACGAGUGAUUCUGAUGGGGAAAAGCGGCAGCGGUAAAAGCAGCCUGGCCAACACCAUAUUUAGGGCUCCCGUUUUCCAAGUGAACCACAGCAGCGACGCAAAGGCCACCUUCUCCGAGGCCCAGACGAGAUAUCUGAACGGAUGGAACUUGACGCUGAUCGACACUCCUGGUAUUUUCAACGCAGACCGCUCCAAGGAUGAAGUGGCGCGUGAUAUAUUCAGCUGUUUGACCCAGAGUGCGCCCGGACCCCAUGCUGUUCUGAUUGUGCUUCUUAUUGAGAAGUUUACGGAGCAAGAGCAAGCCAUCAUCGAUCAUAUCCAGCUGCAUUUUGGUGAGGAGAUCUUCAAAUUCGCCACCGUGGUUUUCACUCGUGGAGACCAGCUACCAGAAGGGAUGGAGAUGACCGAGUAUAUCAAUCAAAAUAUUGGACUUAGCAAUCUCGUCCAGAAAUGUGGGAACCGCUGUCACGUCGUUGACAACAAAUACUGGAAAGACACCAAUGAAAAUGAGUAUCGAAGCAACAUGUUUCAGCUGAAAGCCAUCCUCAACUCGAUAGAAGAUACGUUUAAUAGUAACAACAAAGCCUGCUUCAUCAAUAUUGCUUUCAGGGAAGUUGAAAAGAAUAUCCAGAAGGAGCAAGAUCGCAUUCACAAGUCAGAAGUGGUUGUGGUGGUGCAGGAUGCAGUGGCACCUGUGAAAAGCACCUUUGAUUACAUUAUAGAGACCAUUGAAGCUGCGUUCAAGAGAGGCCGAUGGGGUCUUUCCAACACGACUCAAAGUAUAAAGCCGCACUGGAUCCACAUGCGCUGGUUAAAAUAA